UUCCAAAACCGACGCUCUCUCUUUAUUUUUUAUUACAUACACGGUCUCUCGAAAGUCGAAAGAGCCUCACCAACCUAAACUCUCAAACCCGAAAAAGAAAAAGAAAAAAAAUCUGAUUUAUUCACCAAACGAAAAAAAAAGGAGCUUAAAAACUUCACCAAUGGCUGCCUAUCGUCGUCUUCAUUAAGUCAUCCUAUCGAGUCGAGACAAAACCAAGUACCAUUAGUCCCCACUCAAAUCGCAACUGUCCCACUCCACCCCUUAUAAUGGUCUCCCCCGAGCUCUCAUCAGCUCACUACGAAACUCCUCCAAUGGCGAAACCCAGUUUUCGUAGCAGGGCCUCACUGUGGAUUUCAGACGGUUUGCUCUUUCUGGGUGGAGUUUUCGUUGCCCUUUUACUCGUUUGGUCUCUCUUCUCCAUCGCCAGUCCAAAUCCCAACCCUGGCCCCGAUUUUCGACGUCCCGUCGUCAAAACCAGAGGAGGGGAAGAUGCGCUAAAAUGCGCUGGGGAUGCGCAAGGUGUUAACAUGCGCCAGGACUCGGCAGAGAGGACUUUCUACGACGACCCGGAGAUGAGUUACUCGAUUGAGAAGCCGGUCAAGGAUUGGGAUGAGAAGCGACGCGAGUGGCUGAGGACGCACCCUUCGUUCGCCGGAGUAGGAGGUGGAGCAGCGCGUGAGCGCGUCCUGAUGCUCACGGGGUCACAACCGUCCGCGUGUAAGAAUCCCAUCGGUGAUCAUUUAUUGCUUAGGUUUUUCAAGAACAAAGUGGACUAUUGCCGAAUCCAUGGCUAUGAUAUCUUCUACAACAAUGCUCUUCUCCACCCGAAAAUGGGCUCUUAUUGGGCCAAACUCCCGGUGGUCCGAGCCGCGAUGAUGGCUCACCCGGAGGCGGAGUGGAUCUGGUGGGUCGACUCGGACGCGGCGUUCACUGACAUGGAGUUCAAGCUCCCACUGGAACGUUACAAGGAUCACAACCUUGUCGUUCAUGGGUGGGCCCACCUGAUUCACGAGAUUCACAGUUGGACGGGCCUCAACGCCGGUGUGUUCUUGAUCAGGAAUUGUCAAUGGUCCAUGGACUUCAUCGAUGUUUGGGCCAAGAUGGGCCCGCAAACACCCGAUUACGAAAAGUGGGGAGGGAUUCUUAGGUCAACGUUUCCGGACAAGGCUUUCCCGGAGUCAGACGAUCAGACGGGUUUGGCGUACUUGAUCUACAAAGAGAAGGAGAAAUGGGCGGACAGGAUUUACUUGGAGAGUGAGUACUAUUUCGAAGGUUACUGGGAAGAGAUAGUAAAGACAUAUGAUAACAUCACCGAAAAGUACACAGAGUUGGAGAGAACAGACGUUAGGCUGAGGAGGAGGCAUGCUGAGGCAGUGAAUGAGCAAUACGGUGCGUUUAGGGAGGAGCAUUUGGGUGAGGUAGGGUUCGGUGUAGGGAGCUGGAGAAGACCCUUUAUUACUCAUUUUACUGGCUGUCAGCCAUGUAGUGGGAACCACAAUCAAAUGUACUCUGGGCAGUCGUGUUGGGAUGGCAUGCGAAGGGCUUUGAAUUUUGCUGACAAUCAAGUGCUUCGCAGCUUUGGUUACAUGCACCCUCGCUUACUUGAUUCGUCUCUAUCUGAUGUGCCCUUUGAUUAUCCUACUACUUGAGAUAUAGUUUAUAUAAGAACAUAAUGCAGCUUUUGUAUGAUCUUGAUAUUGAAGGGUUUUGUCCUUUUUUUGAUUAUAAGGUAGUUGAGAUUGAGUAUAGUAGAACAUGUACAUUUUGGUAGACCAAAUAAGUCAUUACUCUCUACUCCCUAGUGGGAAAUGGCAUUUCCAAUAUGCUUUUAUCAAAGUAUGCUUAAUGCUUAUACUUAAAAUAAUGCAUAAUUGAAGGAUAAUGUUUUUCACUUUUUAAAAGUUAAAAUACUCAAAUGACCUUCGAUUU